AAAUUGAAGCUAGUGAUCGUCCGUUCGUUGAAAGGUCUAUAACUUCAAGUUUCAACCAGCCGUAACUAACAACUGAAAGGAUUAGAUCGGUAAAAGAGAUUGAUCAGCUAGACAUAGCGAACAAAUAAAAAAAUUUCAAAAAAUUCGUCAACUUUCAACUUCUUUCUUGAUGGUGAAUUGCACAUGAUGGUGAUGGUUCGUACACAAAUCGCAUUUUAAACGAAACAAAACAACCCGGCGGAAUUAUCCACUCGGCCACCCAUAAAUAGUGAAAAACAGGCGAGCAACGGCUCUAAUCAACAUGUCGCAGCCUUGUGUAUCUCCACCCUCGUGGCAAACACGGGAUCGUUUCGUGGAAGAGGAUGAAACAGUCAAAAGCGUUGCACAGUCAGAAAAAGAACCGCUCACCGCCAACGAAAUCGUCAAAACUAGCGGCUACGAAACGUUGUGCCGGAAGGAUUCCGGCAUCGGAGGAGCAAACGUACUGAAUCAGCAGACGAUGCCGACUACGCCGACUGACGACUACUCUUCGCCCGAUUGCGAUUUGGGUUUCCGCAACGCCAACUGGAUGCCAGGAGACAUGACGCCGUCGUCCGCACCGAAUUCUCCAAAAGUGACUCUGGUCUCGAAAAAAAAUCUUCCGUCGUCCGGCUGGAUGGCUCAAAUCGACGCAAGCGACGAGAUCAAGCAGAAAAGAGAAGAAGCCAACAAAACUCGCAUUUCGUCUGCCUUUAAGACCACAUUCCUUCGCAUACCUAGUCAAUACGAAAGGCGUUCCAUGACGAGAGAAGGUACUCCAUCUGCAAUGUCCACAUGCACAACCAAAAUGAACGUGGCCGUCGUGCCAGACGUGUUGUCCAAACGGUGGAGGAAACGCGGCAACGACAGUUUUCUGGCCGUAAUUAGUGCGCUCUAUGCAAAGUUUUUGAUUGUUAUGGGGCUGGCUUUCCCGAUGACGGAAGUCAUUUCCAACCACGUGACUUCGUCUUCAUACUUGGGUUUCUACUUGUAUCUCUACUUUGGUUGCAUCGCUUAUUUCCUCUACGUAUUUAUCACGAUGCUCCGGAACAAAGCUGCCAUUAAUCGGAACAUAUGUUGCGGGCCGAAGCAGUCUAUGGUGGAUUUCAAACAGACUGACGACUUUCUGGAUGAGGUGGCUAGCCAAUCACGAGCCUACAGCGACCCUGCCGGGAAUAAGCCAACUCAUCACGGUUCGUUCUACCUAAGAAUUGGAGCCGUCUCAUUUGGCGUGGGUUCAAUGAUCUAUUCCGGUCUCGAAUUCGCUCAGUACUUUGAGAUCGAUGCCGGCAGCUACUGUUACAACAUUCUGAUGGCCGUCACGCCAGCCACUCGGAUGGUAUUCACCUUCAUACAAAUGUACUUCAUCUUUCUAAACGCAAAGAUGGCAUUUUGUAAACCCAAAGCCAUUGCUUACUUUGGCUUGAUGCACAUGGUGGCUACGAAUCUCUGUGUUUGGCUUAACGUCAUCAUCGAAGAGACCAAGCACGAAAUCCUACAGUUCCACCACCACAAUGUAUCCGGUCAUGGUGGCGGUGGGCACGGACCAAGCGUUCCGCGAACUACGACUGCCACAUCGAUUGAGGAAGCGCACGCCGAAGCUUUGGUCGAUCCCCAAGAUAUAUUGCAUAGCAACCAAGCGAUUUUCAGUCGUUCUUUACUGGACGAAUGCAAGAGGAGUGAAGUCAUGGGACAUCUUGUCCAAGACGCCAGCCCGCUACUUUUUCCCUGCGCCAUCGAGUACUCGCUCAUCUGUGCGGCUAUUCUCUACGUCAUGUGGAAGAACGUGGCGGCAGGUAGAUAUGAUGACGAUCGACGCUCGUCUAAUUCACCGACUAUCGCCCGUCGAUCGCGCCAUCACUAUUCAGUCGAUUGCGCCAAGGCUAAUAAAGGUCUUUUCGCCGGAAUCUUCGUCCUAGUUCUCACCAUUAUUAGUUUGAUUCUUUUCUUCGCCCUCAUCAAUAACCCCGAAUACCGAGCGAUGGCAAUUAUGGAAGUGGGAGCGGCCCGUUUCGUCCUCUUCUGUAUGGCGUUCUUGGCCACAAUCAUCGGGAUCGUCCAGGUCCGCGAAUUGCGCUACGAUUCGUCUCGCCAUUUUGACCUCGACGAUGUCCUCCUCAUUUUCGGUCAAAUCGGUCUGAUGGCGUACAACAUAUUCACCGUUAUCGCAGGCUAUUAUACAAUUAACGAGGACGAGGAUAGUGCUCUAGUGCUUCUCAGUGCUCUAGCCGCUCUUUUCCAGGCUGUAACUCAAACCAUUUUCAUCCUGGAUGCGUCCCGCCGUAACACUUACUCGGCAGAUCAACAGACUCGUAAACCUGGUCGCGAAGUCGUGACAUUCCUCUUGGUGUGCAAUUUCGCCAUGUGGACCGUCAACACCUUAGAGAAAUCGCGUGCAGAUGUCAACCCCGUUCAACUCCAAUUCUACGGUUUAUGGCCGUGGAUCAUCAUCAUGAACGUGUGCAUGCCAUUGGCCAUUUUCUAUCGAUUCCAUUCAACCGUCGUCCUUUGCGAGAUUUGGAAACGAUGCUACAAAGCCAAGCCAGAUUACAUGUGAAACCGCUUUUAAUUGGAUUGGAGCUUGUCGAAGAUUCAGCCUAUCAAGUUCCAAUGACGCACGAUAACGAACCGUCAAUAGUUUUGUGCACUUUUGUUUUAAUUUAACAGCCUUGGAUCUUUCUAUUGACGUGGGUGACCUUUAGAUUUUAAAAGAAAUCUUUGGUCACGUUCACGUUCCAUUUAUUUAAAAAAAUAAAAAAAUAAACUACUAUUUUUGUGCGUCAUUCAAAAGUGGUUUAGGCAUAUUCUUCCUUGUAUUCGUGUUUAUAUUUGUAAUUCUCCGUAUGCGUGUUGUUGUUUCUUUUUAUUUGUUCGAUCGCAAGUUCGUUCAAAAGGUCAAAGUGUAGGUUUACUUUUUGUUUUCUCUCCGUCUGUCUCUCUUCCGUUCCCACAAGAUUUUGGCAAUCAAUACACACGUUAGUUCGUU